AUGGACGUUAGUGAUGAGGAAAAUGGGCAAAUAGCGUCAAUAUGGGGUCGACUGAUAUUUUUCGCAUGUAUGGCUACUUCAGUCAUUUACGUUCUGUUGGGACUCUUCGCCUGCCGUCGCUUGAUUUGUGCAAACUGUCGGUGGGUAUUGGUUCUGGCCCUCUACUGGGUGGUCGGGAUGAUGCAUGCCUUCUUGUCCCUCGCCAUACUAUGCGUGGCAGUGGCCUGUAUAUUUUGGACCUUUGGCAGCAAGGUGAUGAGUCUCAUCGAGACGAUCGCAUACACAGGGGUGAUGGUGGUGCUGACAGUGUUCUUUGCCCUGGGGAGGAAGUCCAUCCUCUACGCUCUGUAA